GUCUUACACCGCCCCCAUCCACUGCAACAUUCAGGCAGGUUCACCUAAUGUGCUUGUGCAGGCUCGGUGACGCCGCUGCUGUGUUGGGAAAUACUCGGUGAAUCGGGAACCUUCAGAUUAACAACCAACAGCCACAACCUCAACGACACCACCUCUGCGCUACAGACCCCGUAGAGCAACACGACAAAAAUGGCAGACCCAAUGACCCAAUCUUCUCAGAUUUCGUCGUCACAAGGCCUAAACGAUGGACAUUCUGCAACGGCCAAAGACUCAAAGUUUUCCGAUUCCUUUUUUUCUUCGCCUGUAUCUCUCAUUCAGUCUCCUCAAGACAAAAGAGUUGUACUAGGCUCUGACAAGCCUUCAGAAAAUUUGGCUACCUCUCUUCAAUUUUCUCCUCAGUCAAGUUCCUUUUCUCCAGUUGCUUGUGGAAUUGAAUCUUCAGGAUCACCUGGUGACAACAUAGACCGUACCUUCAAAGAGAAACGAGAGCUUUUUGAUUCAUCUUUUGGCUCUCAAAAGCAGGACUCACCUAUAAAAACUUCACCAGUAUCUGAGAGAAUCAAAGCAUUGGAAGCUUUAGCUGCAAAGCAGAAUGAUUUUGAUGGGGGGUUUCCACAUUUUAAAGAGCGUCACUAUGAGAAAUCCCCCACAGAAUUGCAUGGAAUUUCCUCCCGCUCGUCCUUUCAGAAAAGGACAAUGUCAAAUGAACAGGAAUCUCCUGAAUCACCCUUCGAAGUGCUUGGUGAGGCAAGGCAUAUGACUGACUUUGAGGACACAGCUGACUGGAUGAGAGCUCACUUACCUCCUGCACCAGAUUUCAACAUUGAAGAUCCAGUUCUUGAUGAGGAAAAUGUGUCCCCCAUGGUGCAAGAGAUGUCCCCCAUGGUGCAAGAGAGCCCAUCCAAAGUGAUUAAAGCAAACAAUGUUGAUACAGGUGAAGUUCCAGAACCUUUUGCAGGAGUUCCUGAUCAGUUUAUGGACAGCCCUAUCAAAGUUGCAGAUGACAUUGAUCAAUCAAAGGAGGAUUUCAACAAGCAAUCAAAACAAGAGAGUGUUGAGGAAGAUUCUGAAUUUGACCUGAACUUUUUACCAACAGCCUAUAUGUGGGACAAGCAAGAGAAAGCUGAUACAGGCACUCAAGACUGUCAGAUAUUCCCAGACAACCAAGAGCUUCCUUCCUCCCCUGCUCCUCCUGCAGACUUUGAGUCUCCAUUACCCCCUGUAUCCCAACAGAUGGAACCUAGUUCUACACAAUAUUCCAACAUUUCGAAAGGAAAUUUGGAGCCUGCUGAAAUCCAGGAGGUAGACAGCUCUGGGGAGUCGGAUGAUACAGUGAUUGAGGAAGCCAUGAGCAUCCCAAUAAUGGGAAACAAUGACCUAGACACCAAAACCCACAAGGAAGAGGAGACCAUUCCAAACAACAAGAAACCGCCAAUUCAGGUACCUAUUAUUAAUGUUAUUGAAACUGAGGAACAAGUGCUAAGUGAUGAGGAAGAAGAACAGUUUGAGGUAGAAGGUGAGGAGGAUGAUGGUGAAAAGUGUCAGAUUUUGCAAGGUGAGGGCAGAGGGUCACCAGAGCAACACCACUCAGAAGUUUCAGAACAUGCAUCUGUGGAAACUCUACAUGAAGAACAUAAACCUGACCAAGACAUUUCCUCUCAGGUAAAUCAAACUGACUCUGAUGCUGAGCACUCUCCUGAACACCAGGUUAUUGACGAUGAUUAUGAAAGUGGCAUUUUCCUCCAGUCCUCCCCAGACUCAGGAGGCCUGAAUUUCGAGGACUCUCAAGAGCAGUCGCAUAUGUCUCAGAAUUUAGUGUCUUUUGAACCCUUUAAAGAGUCUACCCUUGAUAAAGAGCUUGACAAGACUGCAGAAAUACUUUCUGACCUUCCACCAGACAUCAGCUGCCCCUCAAAUGAGCCCAGUGAUGUAGAGACAUACCUGGAUCAUUACGCCAGUGAAGAGCUUGCUUUAAAAGACCAGCUGAAUUUGUCUUAUGUUAAGGAGAGUAAAGGUGAGAAAACAGAGCUUUCAAAGUCAGACUGUCUUACAGAUAAUCAAAAUAUCAGUGCUCCUGUUCAAGAAUCCUUUGAGAAUAUCACUGAUUUCGAUGAGACACCCAACGAAUGCAAACUAGACUAUGAAUCUGUGCCUGAGCCUUCCCUUUUUGAAACUUCAUCUGACAUUCCUGAUGAUAUUGAGACUAUACUCUGCCAAAACAAAAUGCCAAGUGUUGAUUCAGAAGAUCAAAAGUCAACAGUGGAAAUCAAGACGUAUAACUUGCAGGAACUGGAAGAGUUGCCAGUGCAGUCCAUUGACCGACAAACCCCGGUUCAAGAGAACCCACCUGCACCAUUCCCCUCUUUCCACAGUGAGCAGUUUAGCAAAAUCAAUGACUACAACAUUUCUGAGCCUACAACAAAUGAGGUUGCUGAGGGAUCAGUGAUAACGAAGUCUGAACCUCAAGUUGUGACCCCCAAAGAUCUUUUAGAUAGACCGGAUUCGCCAGAGACCAUGAGUGAUACAGAGACGUUUGAAGCAGAAUGCUCAGUAACAGCAGCUACUGACAGCUUUGUGGAUUUCAUGAGGGAGUGUCUUAAGUCACGACAGGAUGAGGAACCUGAGGGGUUUAGUUCUGGACACAAAACUAUAGACCAGAAUUCCAAAUCUGAUGCUCCUCCUUCCACUCAAUCCUCCCCAGCAAUGAUCAUGGACUUGGAGCAGGAGCGCCUCACAAUUUCUGCUUUGAAAGAGCUCGGGAGCAGCCAAGAGGAGGAAGACGAGAAUAUUCCCACAAUGAAGACUGUCCUAAAGCCUGAUAAAGCUCCUAUUCCUACACCAAAUCCUGAGGCUUCAAUCACCUCAUCUUCUCAAUCUCUUCCAAACGAGUGUCAGGCAGUACUUCCCAAAGAGGUAGAGGCAAUCGACAUUUGGGUUGCAGAGGCCUACCAUCUUGCAGAGCAUGUCUUGACAGCAAUACUAACCCACUUUUCAGUGAACGACCUGGUGCACUGGCGGGACCCUAAGAAGUCCGGCGUGGUGUUUGGCGUGUCGCUGCUGUUGCUGCUUUCUCUGGCAGCGUUUAGCGUGAUCAGCGUGAUCUCAUACCUGCUGCUGGCUCUGCUCUGUGUCACCAUCUCUUUCCGCAUCUACAAGUCCGUCAUCCAGGCUGUGCAGAAGUCCACCGAUGGACACCCUUUCAAAGCUCUGAUGGAGAAAGAUGUCGCCGUGCCGCCCGAGACCUUCCGCAAGCACGUGGACGCCUGUCUCACACACGUCAACCGUGCGCUCAAGCAGAUGAGCCGCCUCUUUCUGGUCGAGGAUCUGGUGGAUUCCCUCAAGCUGGCAGUGGUUAUGUGGCUGCUGACAUAUGUUGGAGCGGUCUUCAAUGGCAUCACCAUCCUCAUCCUGGCUGACAUCCUGCUCUUCAGUGUACCGCUCAUCUAUGAGAAAAACAAGACCCAGAUUGACCGUUACAUCGACAUUGUACGCACUCAAGUCAACACUACAAUGGCCAAGCUACAAGAGAAACUCCCAGGAGCCAUGAAGCGCUGUAAAGCAGAAUGAUCCUCUCCUCCGAUCAGUUGUUGCCAUGUUUACCAUCCUUCUAUCUCUAGCCACCUCCCUUUACUCUAAGCCCCGCCCCCUUUCUCUCCUCCCCUGUUUAACCCUCACACCUUAAAACAACCAUCUGCACUGAACCAGCUAGUAUGUAAAAUCUAAAAAGCUUCUUGAUAUUCACUGUUAACUGCAGCUUAUUAACGAGCAUUAGGAAAAGAAGCUCGGGCUCCGGGAGCUGAUGAUUUUCAACACAGGAAGUGAUGUAAUGCCACUGGAUGCCCAUUUUGAUGGCCAGCGUAUGGAAGGAUCUGUGAACUAGACUGAACUUAUGACCUGGUUUCGGGAGUGUUGGGUUAGGGUGGUGCGGUAGUAAUGAAUAAAGAGACAGGUGUUUGACUCUGUACUUUAAAAAAAUGAACAUUUCACUGAAAAAUGCUGACAAAAAAAAAAGUGAACGUUAUGAAACAUACUUUUCCCCCCGUUUGUUCUUUGAAAAAUGUGUAUGUAUUAAUCUGAAAUGCACUGAACUUUACUUGUCUUGCACGUUUUGAUCGGGACGCAACCAGCAGUGAUAAUUCAGUCUAGUUCACUAUCCUCCCUGUUAUUGGCAAAGUUUUUAAUAUCGUGUAUGUAUAUAUAGUUCGAUUACAACAGGCUCUUUGCUGUGAAGUAGUUAGUGUUGCUUUUUAUAUUUAAAAAAAAAACGAAUAUACAGCUCUUAUAUUUCUCUUUCGCACCUCUCUUGCACUCAGUCGUCGGAGUUGGGUUCACAUGUUAAAUGUUAUCGUUACUACUCUUCACAUAAUAGUAAUUAUAUUAUAUCUCGAUUAGGUUGGCUGCUUUAAGUCCCCUGUCUGACAUUGGCUUCGUAACAAUAAAUAUUAAUAACCUUAAGAAUGAGUUUUAUGUAUAGGAUCGCCAGAGCAGCAGAAUUAUAGGAGAGAAGGGGAAUAAUCUUGUGCGAGAUGUGAAGUUGGCCUCAAAAGUCAUUGAUUUUUGUUAAACCACGGCCAAUGGUCAUCAUUCAUGUAAUUUUAGGUAAAGGUAAACAUGUUUUUUUGUCAGCAUUUUAGGGCAUUGUUUACCACCUUGGGGACUGAAGAAGUUUAAAUAUCUCAUAUGUUUUUUGUUUAAGACUGCAAAGAACAUCGCAUUAUUUAAGCUGGAUAAAAUUAUUACACUUACUAAUGACAUGUGAUGACACUGUUUUUCCUUAAAAGUCAAGUCCCACUGCAAACACUGUUGGCUUUUAAGAUACAAGGGUGAGUUGAUUUCUGUAAGGGAAGGGUAGCAUGGUAAAAAAUGGCUUUGGAUGUCCUGUUUAAAAGCAGUCCGUCUGCGCAAAGGCUUACAAUGUGAUAAAUGGAAUACGCACCGUAUAUCAAUAGUUAUGGUUACAUUCAUGUUGUUGCUUUUACUAGAUAGUCUGUCAGCUCAUAAUGGUUUUAUUGCGCCAUUUAACAUUCCAGCUGAUGCAGUUGGAAGCAUGUCAAAA